AUGACAGCUGUGAUGGAUUUUACGUCACUUCCCUUUCUAAGGAAUAGUGACCUAGUCUUCCUCCACGGUGCUCUGUCUUUUGCAAUUCACUCAGAGAAGGUGUUUGGAUUCCGGCAAUUUGUCCAGAUGAGGAACCCUAUCUUGGAUAGAGAAGAUAUUUUUAUCAAGCUCUUCUGGGAAAGUGCCUUUGAAUGUUCCUUCCCCAUCUCUGGAAUGGAAGCAGAAAAUGAGGAUCCCUGCACUGGGAAGGAGAAACUGGAAGCUCUUCCUGCAUCUGUGUUGGAAAUGGACAUGACUGGCCACAGCUACAGCAUCUACAAUGCCAUCUAUGUGGUGGCACAUGCUUUGCAUGACUUCCAUUCAUUGAUGAUGGUAUACAGAGCUAGAGGGCAUGAAGACAAACUGAAACGUCUGGAUCAAAAGCUGUGGAAGGUCCAUCCUUUAUCCUUGUGUAAUAGCAAGUGUCUUUCAGGUUAUAGUAAGAGCAAGAUUGAAGGGAAGCCAUUUUGUUGCUAUGAUUGUUUGCAGUGUCCACAUGGGAAGAUUUCCAACCAAGUAGACAUGGAUGAUUGCUGUCCAUGUCCAGAAGAUCAGUAUGCAAACGUGAACCACAAUUUGUGUCUUCCAAAGAUUACAACAUUUUUGAUGUACGAAGAAACUUUGGGGAUCGUUUUGGCCAGUUCUGCUCUUUUCUUCUCUUUGAUCACCGUUGGAACCCUUGGGAUCUUUAUUAAGCAUCAGGACACUCCCAUAGUCAAAGCCAACAACCAGAAUCUCACCUACACUCUCCUUGUUGCUCUCCUGUUGUCUUUUCUUUGUUCUUUGCUAUUCCUUGGAAAACCAGGCAAGGUGACGUGUCUCCUUCGUCAAACUGCCUUUGGUAUCAUCUUCUCCAUGGCCAUUUCUUGCGUGUUGGCCAAAACCAUCAUUGUGGUUCUGGCUUUCAUGGCCACCAAGCCUGGGUCUAAGAUGUCCAAAUGGGUGGGGAAAAGAUUAGGCAUGUCCAUCGUGUUGGGCUGUUGCUUUAUUCAAGGUAUUAUUUGUGUGAUGUGGUUGACAACCUCCCCCCCAUUCCCAGAUGCUGACACAAAUUCAGUGGCAGAAGAAAUCUUUCUGGAGUGUAACGAAGGGUCUGCAUUCAUGUUCUACUGUGUCUUGGGCUAUAUGGGCCUCCUUGCCUUUAUCAGCUUCUCGGUGGCUUUCUUAGCGAGAAAAUUGCCUGAUGUUUUCAAUGAAGCCAAGUUCAUCACAUUCAGCAUGUUGGUGUUCUGCAGUGUUUGGGUGUCCUUUGUUCCAACAUACCUGAGCACAAAGGGAAAGUAUAUGGUUGCCGUGGAGAUCUUCUCCAUUAUAGCUUCCAGUGUUGGGUUACUGAUUUGUAUUUUCUUCCCUAAAUGCUACAUCAUUGUGUUGAGGCCUGCUCUAAACAACAGAGAACAGCUAAGAAGACAAAACCACAGAAAAACAUAG